UGUGGAAUGUGUCACGUGUUGAGCACACAAUUCAAUACACUUUAUAUCGUCAAUUAAAAAUUCUCUCCAUCUCUCUCACUCUCGCGCCUUCUCUUUCUUUGCCCGCUCUAACUAAAUUAGUCGCUGCACUAGCCUUACAAUGGCCGAUGCGAGGAAUAAAAGGCUGCACAGCAGGAGGACGAGCACCAGGCCUAAUUCCAAUUCAAAUUCAGACUUCAGCUCAAAUCCCAACAGUGAUCACUUCAAUCGACCGCAGGCAACCGACUUUACGACCAAACAGCAUCUGAGGCUGCGGGCUGGCGAUCUACGCCUCGCUCGCAUUCAGGUCAGCCUCUCCAAACUGCAGCACGAAAUGGAGCAGUCCAGCAAGCAAAUCGCUGCGCUCUGCCAAGAUGCGAAAAUGGAUAAGAACUUGGACAAGGUCCUGCUUCAGUAAAUGUUGAAAUGUAGAAAGAUAUCAAAAUUAUGUAUACGAUGAAAAUUAUAAACACAAGUU